AUGCUUAUCGAGGUCAAUAAUCGUAUUCUGAGCGUAGUGGGAGUUGUUGCUGUUUCUGCGACAGGAAUAGGAGUUUGGCUAUAUGUGCGAUACUCCAGACAAAGCUGUUUCGAGAGAGAACUGAUUAUGCACGAAUUAUCGAAGCUGAGAGUUGAAGUAGAACUUCUACGAAUAGAUGUUCAACGUAUUGAAUAUUCGACUGGUAAAGUUAGAAGUCCAACCAAAGUGAGACAGCGUUCCGUUACUUUCGAAGCUGAGUGUUCUGGUAUUGACGAUGUGCUUUCAACUAUGAACAGAGUCAAAAGUACACAAUCCAUAUCUUCUGAUGGUGAAUAUGCAGAUGCAUGUGAAGAAUGGGAUAACGAUACAAUCACUGUUCCAUGUUUAUACGACCCCUCUCGACGAUCAAUUACAAUUCCUAAAAUAUCUUUCGCUGAUGUAGAUCUUCUCUUUGGAACAGAUGAUGUUGCCAAGGCCUAUGAUAACCUCAAGAAGUCUCCCCUCUAUAUACAGCAUUAUGAUGGUGGUGAUAAAGGAAAUGCCGAACUUCUCUGGCGAUUGGCUAAAUCGUGCCACGAGGUAGCCUGCAGAACUAAUGAUAAGAAUAAGAAGAAGGAUCUCCUUUUUGAAGGAAGACAAUAUGGAGUUGAUGCUAUGACUGCCGAUGAGAACAACUUCUUAGCCGUUAAAUGGGCUGCUGUCAUGACUGGCCAAUGUACUGACUUUUUGGGAACGAAAGAAAAGAUAGAGCAAGGAGGAAAGUUCAAGGAAUAUUUGGAUAAAGCUCUGACUAUGGAUCCUAAGGAGUACUCACUUCUUCAUAUGAGAGGACGUUACUCUUUCUCUGUAGCUUCUCUUACAUGGCUUGAAAGAAAGGCUGCUUCUGUUUUAUACGGAACUCCACCAACUGCCACUUAUGACGAGGCUCUUAAAGAUUUCCUUGAUGCCUAUGAGCAGAAAUCAGACUGGAUUGAAAAUCUCGUUUACAUUGCUCGCUGCUAUAUGCAGAAACAAGAAAAGGCUAAUGCUAAGAAAUACCUGCUGUUGGCUAAAGAGCUCAAAGCAACAGAUGAUGCUGAGAUUGCUCUUCUCGACGAAGCUACCAAACUUCUUACCAAGUGCUAG